GCUCCAAAUAUACUUACUUUUACUUGCUAGAAUGGAGUCUGUUUCACGUCCUUUCCACAGACGAAAGCUUUCAAACAGUUAUUCCGGCAAGAACGCUUACGAAGGCGUGUUUUCCGGCCACCACCGUCGUCGGAAGUUUGACGGAGCUCCGGCGGUUAGUGUUAGUGAGUAUAAUGAAAUAUUUGGGUCUAAUGGUGGUGGUGAAGGCUCUAUUCCGGUUAUUGAUCUUACUAAUUUACAAGAAUCGUCUGAUUGUGUAAAUUUGAAUUUGGAAGUUAAGCCUGAUUAUACUCAGAUUUUCGGCGGUUUUCGUGACAAUGAUAUUGCGGUUAAUUAUCAAGAUUUGAUCUUUCGUGAUAAAGCUAGGGCUCCCUCAUCAACAAGCCACAGCUCCCAAGAUGCAGAUUAUUUGCCUGAUCAAUCUUCCGAUGACUUGAAGCAGUUCAACUUGUCAUAUAACAAAAUCAGCCAGAGGAGUAAAGGCGGUUUAGAUGGGACAACACAUGUCACACAAUUACAUGCUGUACCUGGAUUUACUUGUUUCAUAGAUGAAUCUGCUUCUCAACCAAAUAAGGAAACCGAGAACCAAAAAGCAUCUGUAACAAAUACAGCUCCUGAGAGACAAACCUCCCAAAAUGGUAUGGAAUCUAGAAGUAAACAUGGUGAAGAUAAUUCCCUAUUUGGUGAUGAGCGUUCCAAGACAUUUCAAACCGAUAUCAAAUCACAUCCCUCAGUAGUAACAUCGUCACCUGCAGCUUCAUCAACCAAUGAAGCACCUUCUCAGCCGAAGAAGGAAUUUGAGAAGCAAAAGUCCUCUGUUACUAAUAUUCAUCUCAGUGGAAACUCUAGGAAGGGGGAUUACCGUGAGAAACAAACUUCACAAAGAGCAGUGGAAUCUCGAAGUAAAGAUUUUCAAGAAAAUCUGUUGUCUGAUGAUAUAAAUGUUAAGAUAUUUCAGGCUGAACCUAAAUCACAUGUCUCCAAAGUAUCAUCACCUCCUGCACUUUCAGCAACCGUUGAUGAAGCAGCUUCUCAACCAAAAAAUGGAACCGAGAAGCAAAAAUCGUCUUUGACAAAUAAUGUUCAUCCCAUUGUCAACUCUAGCAAGGCAGACUUACAGGAGAAACAAACAUCCAGAAUUACUGUGGAGUCUAGCAAUGCAGAUUGUAAAUCACAUGCCUCCAAAGUAUCAUCACCUUUUGCACUUUCAGCAACCAAUGAUGAAGCAGCUUCUCAAUCAAAAAAUGGAACCGAGAAGCAAAAAUCGUCUUUGACAAAUAAUGUUCAUCCCAUUGUCAACUCUAGCAAGGCAGACUUACAGGAGAAACAAACAUUUAGAAGUACCGUGGAGUCUAGCAAUGCAGAUUGUCCCGAUGAAUCCUUAACCGAUGACAGAUACUUAAAGACGUUUCAGGCAGAUCUCAAAUCACAUCCCUCCAAAAUAUCAUCACAAUCCCCUGUAGCUUCAGCAACCAACUCAGAUAAAUAUUUUGAUUAUGAAACGAGAUCAACUGCUACAACUACCGGAACAUUUAAAGAUACUCCUGGAGAAUUUCCUCCUGUUUUCUUUGAUGAGGAGCUUGAUGAGAAUUCUGUGGCGGCUGUUUCUGCAGCGGCUUUAAGAAAAGCUAUAGAGAAGGCUCAAGAAAGUAUACGGAUUGCAAAGGAAUCAGUAGGCAGAAAGAAGGAAGGUCUUAGAGGAUUUUCAAGCAAAAGUUUCAAAGAUAGCUUGAAAGUUAAAGCUAGAGUGCCGAUUGUAAAUACAUGUGAAGAACAGAAAGAAAAAGAUGAUAGAAUGAAAGCAGCACAAGUAUUUUCAAAUGGAAGAAGUCACCAUAAGCAUGUUGGAACAGUACUACAUUCAGACUUUGCAGAUGGCGAGAAGCUUUUUGGUACUAAAAACGUUAUAAAUGACAUACAUGGGAAAAUCUUGGAAGCAGUCAAGGACUCUGAGAUCCCAUUAAGGCCUCCUCAUGAAUUGAGAGAUAAUAAGAUCGUUUGCAAUUCUGAAGAAGUGGUAGAUGAAACAAGGUCUUCUGAAGCAACUGAAAGUACUACAUAUGAAGCUCCCCAGAAGGAUAAUGAGAGAGCCAAUGAUUUUCUUGUGCUUGGAAGUUGUGAAAAGGGACCACGCGAGUCCGGGCAUGAUUUUGACUAUGACGAACCCGAUGAGCCGAAGGAGAAUAAACAUGAUUUUAGACCAAGUAUUACUCAUAAGCUGGCUGAAGAAUUGAACAACUUAACCGUGUAUCAAAAGGUGGAAGAUGAGACCCAAGACCAAAAUGGUUACAAAAAGAGAUUCAUUGAAGAAUUGGGGUUAUUGGAGAAUAAGAAGCAAGAGGUUCUUGAACAAGAAUCUGAUGAGAGUCUAGCAAGUGAAGAGAGUAAUUAUGAAGCAAGUGAGAAGGUGCUUGAAGAUGAGAGAGAACUAAAAGACACUGAAAGCCAAAAGGUUGAAGAUACAGGGAAGAAGUUUUAUGAUAUCCGUGAAGUGGAAACGGUCGAGAAUGCACCAAAUUAUGCCUAUAGCUUAGGAACUAGUGAAAUGUCUUCAAAAGAGGAAGAGAAUCACAAAGCAGAAGAAGCAUCAGAAAAGGUGGAUAAGAUUGAGGAACCACAGAAUUACGCGUCAUCAUCAAGUGACUAUGAUGAUGCAGAAGAAAGUGAGAGUGUGAGUGUGCAUUCACAAAAAGCCUGCAGAGAUGACCAAAACGAUAACAAUCCAGACUCAAGUCAAGAGAUCGAUGAUGUCAACAGCUGCUCAACUCAAGAGUUCCUAGUAGAAGACACAGAAGCAGUAGAAAAAGUGAUAUAUGAGAGCAUAUUUGUAGAUCAAAGAUCCUCUGAAGGCAGUGAUGAUGAAUGUGUUGAUGCGUCAAAUUCUGGUUUAGCUGACGUGGAUUUUGGACAAAAUGAUGUACGGUCUGAAUCAUCUUCAGACACAAUGCAUGGUAUGGAGAUUGAAGUUAAAGAAUAUAAAGAAACAGAAGAAAAAGUUGUUUCAGUGAAGGAAGGCGACAACAACCAUCAACAACUUCAUGAAGAAAGACCUGAAAUUAGAAUAAAGGAAACAGGAACAUCACAAGAACCCAAGGAUGAAAUUAGAGAUUCUGGGCCAAGCAAAAUAGUGGAAAAGGAGCAAACCAAAAGGAUCAAGGAAGUAACAGCUGAAGAAAGGGAGCGGGAGAGAGUAAAAUUAGCUGUGGAUAGAGCAAUUCGUGAGGCUCGUGAACGUGCUUUUGUUGAAGCUCGAGAGAGAGCUGAAAGGGCUGCAGCCCAAAGAGUACCUGUUGAAAUUAGACAAAAAGUAAUGGCUGACUCUCAAGACAAGGUCGCUAAAGCUUCUGAUAAAGCUUCCACACAGUCCAAGCUUAGAGCAGAACGCGCUGCAGUAGAACGAGCCACUGCAGAGGCUCGACAACGAGCUUUAGAAAAAGCAAUGUCACAGAAGAAAAUCUCUGAACCAAAAGUAGUAGUGAAUGAGAUCAAACAGACCUCAUCUUCUGUAACUCAUACAAGUACGGAGUCAGCUUUGAGAAGUAAAGCAAAAUUAGAAAAGCAUAACAGAAUCAUGGAACGCGCGGCUCAAGCUCUUGCGGAGAAAGAGAAGCGUGAUCUGCUUGUUCUUAGAGAACAAGCCGAGAGAAAUCGGUUGGCAGAAAAUCUUGAUGCUGAUAUUAAAAGGUGGUCAAACGGAAAAGAAGGGAACUUGCGUGCACUGCUUUCAACUCUGCAAUAUAUCCUUGGAGCGGAGAGUGGUUGGCAACCCGUGUCACUUACAGAGAUCAUAACGACUAGUGCAGUUAAGAAAGCUUACAGAAAGGCCACUCUUUGUGUGCAUCCUGACAAGUUGCAACAAAGGGGUGCAAGCAUUCAGCAGAAGUAUAUAUGUGAAAAGGUUUUCGAUCUCUUAAAGGCAGCUUGGAACAAAUUUAACUCCGAAGAAAGAUAGCAGCAGCAUAUGAAGCCGCACAAUUUCUGAGUUGGAUGAUGACUUUUCAAUCACCCAACUAGUAUUUGUAAUUGUAAGAUUUAGUUCAAGGUAUAGGAAUUUUCUUGAAAUUAUUAUGACUACCGAAUUUGGUAAAUUUGGAUUAUAUGACUAGUUUUUGUACAUACUAUUAGUUCCCAUUUUUUACUUUUGAAUGUUUGGUAGAAGUCCAAAGAAUUACAGAAGGUGAAAUUACAGUAGGAACAGGUUACAGUCUGGUACAUGUAUGUGCUAGCCAUUUAUAUUUCAUUUUUAACAAGGUUGACGGGGUUUGGAUUCA